AAGAUGCGAUGUUUCUCACAAGACCUGCGGUGAUUUUCUCUUUGUUGACCUCGUAUCUCGCGUGCGGAAAAAUAUACCAGAGGUGCGAGUUGGCACGCGAACUAAGGAACUUUGACGUUCCGGAAAAUGAAAUUAGCACUUGGGUGUGUAUUGCAAAAUAUGAGUCCCUUUUUGAUACCGCUGCGAUGAACCAUGGAAGUGGCGAUCACGGAUUAUUUCAAAUAUCUGAGUUGUAUUGGUGUUCUCCGCCAGGACAAGGAUAUGGUUGCAACUCACCUUGUUCAAAAUUUCGAGAUGACGACAUUUCAGAUGACCUCCAAUGUAUCAGAAGAAUUUACAAUGAACACAAACGAAUUUCCGGCGAUGGAUUUAAUGCAUGGGUAGUAUAUCCCUUGUAUUGUAAAGGAGAUACUUCCACUUAUAUAAGUGACUGUUUUGAUGAUAAUACUGAAUCACUUGAAAAUGAAUCACUUCCUAGUAAUAAUGUGACUGAAAAUGAAAUUUCUACUAGUGAGGAAAGUGGAGAAUAUGGAGAUGGAUAUCAGUUUCCUUCUUUGCCAGAUUUUUCAAAUAAAUAUGAUAAGACAAAUGAUGAUGGUUCUGAAAUUCCUGGAUUGCCUAAGAUAGAAAUGAAUCCAGCAAAAAGUGUUGGAAGAAUGUUGCCGUUCGAUAAAGUAUCAAUUCAUAAUUUUGUAUCCGUUAAUAAGCCACUGCCCUAUUCAAAAGUGUCAAUAUCGUACUUUAUUCCAGCCAAGUCGGUAAACAAUAACAAAAUUUCUUUGGAGAAAUUUCCAUUUUCAAAAAAAUCUAUUCAUCAUUUUGAAUCCGUCUUAGAACUGCCAACAACUACCAAGGAAGAAUUGCUCAAGACUACUAAUACUUUUACGAAAAGUAUUAAUAAUUUGCGAACGAUUAGCUCAACAUCAGCACCAUCUACUAUGAAAUCCUUAGCAACAUUUAAUCGGUUGGAAUAUUUAACUGUGGAAAAAACCAAUACAGAGCCAUGCUUAAACCUAAAAAAUAAGUCAGCGACUGUAGCAUCUUAUCAAGCCCAAGAAAAAAUUAUUUUAAAGAAAAUUGUACCUAAAGAUUUAGAGCUUGAAUUAUCGAGCUCGACCUUAGCACCAUCCACUUUUAAGUCCCUACCAACAAUUAAGCAUUUUCAGCCUUUUAAGUUGGAAAAAGCUACCACCGAAACACCAUUAAAUCAUAAAAAAAAUACUGAAAUAAUGGCAAUAUUGCCUACUUAUGAAAAUCAAAAAAAAAUUAGUUCAUCCACCCUAAAGUCGUUGCCAAUAUUUAAUCCUUUAAAAUUUGUAGAUUCAGAUGUCACUACUAAAAAUUACAAGACAACCUUAGCAUCUACAGUAAAACUCUUGCCAACCUUUAGGCCUUUACAAUUUUUAAACUCUAAUACUAAAACUAGAAAUUUCGAGACAACCUUUGUCACUACGAUUAAACCUUUGCCAACAUUUAAAUCAUUGCCAACCUUUAAGACUUUAAACUUUCCUGUGUCAAACACCACAACUAGAACUUACGAGGCAACCUCAUUGCCUACAGUAAAACCUUUGCCAACAUUUAAGUCAUUGCCAACAUUUAAGACUUUAAAAUUUCCUGCAUCAAACACCACAACUAGAAAUUACACGGCAACCUUCGCAACUACAGUAAAACCGUUGCCAACAUUUAAGCCGUUUACGUUUGAAAGUAUACCAAAAAAAUCUCCUUUUAUUUUUCAAAGAUCAGGGUUUGCAAAUUUGACAACUACUCAGUCCUCUCAAGCAAACGAUAAUAAAACAUUGACACAUUUAUUUGGACAUUCCGCAUUAAAUGCAGAAACUGCAGUAACCCCCAAACCUGCUAUUAAUCAGUUUACAACUUUAAAACCAUCUGCUAGGCAAGUAACGUUCGCUCCAGAUUCCUGGUUUAGCUGGAUAUUUAGUAGCCAAACGCUUCCACCAAUUUUACCUCCUCCUCCAAGACCACCUGCAGGGAACCCUGAUAGGCCAAGGCCAGGUGGCUUACGUCCGCCAGGCUCAACUCCUCUGGAAAGACCACCGGGACCUCCUAGGCCAAUGAGGCCUUCAGAUCAAGUUUCCGUGCAGAGACCUCUAGGGCCAAAUAGGCGUCCAGAAUUGGGAGGAUUUGGUAAUCAACCAUCAAGAAUCCAGCCUGGUUUACAACAGGUAACGGUGAGACCCUUUGGGGUUCAUAGACCAGUAAGACCAUUUGCAAAUAGAGCUAAAAAUGUCGAUUCGUUAACAGAAAUACACAGCGACGAAAGUGUGGAUAUUAAAAAAUCUAAAAAUUUGGAAGGAGCUGAGAUUAUGCUCGAUAAUCAUUCGGUGUUUGUUAGAACAAGUUAUGGAUUUCGAUUAUUUCAUACAAAAUAAUAUUAAUUUUAAGACUGAUUUUUAUUUUUGCUCAAUAGUAAUAAUAUUAUUUUGUCGGUGUAAACUGUGUUAAAAGUGCCUUAUAAGUAAUGCAAUAUAUAGAAUUUAUUUUUACAAGUAAA